AUCCUUCCAACAUCCUUAUCUUUCACCCACUUUUCCAUUUGUUCUCUUCUUGUGCCAAGAUUCUAAAAGAUUUAUAAAUAAAACCCAAAUCAAGCCUUUUUCACCAUAAAUAUUCUUCUUCUUAUUUUUGGUUGUUAGAUUUGAAAUAGGAAACAAAAGUGGGAAACAAUGGGGAAUACUCUAGGAGGAAAAAAGACAACAAAAGUGAUGAAAAUUGAUGGACAAACCAUGAAAUUCAAGACACCAAUUUAUGCAAACGAGGUUCUAAAAAAUUAUCCUACUAUGGUAUUAUUAGAAUCAGAAGCAGUGAAGCAUUUUGGGGUCAGAGCUAAGCCAUUGGAACCACAACAAGAGUUGAAACCUAAAAGGCUCUAUUUCCUAGUUGAGUUACCUAAAUACCCUGAACAGAAAACCCCGAGGAGGGUCCGUUCAGGGAUCCAAAUGAGCGCGAAAGAUCGGCUCGAAACCCUAAUGCUAGCACGAAGAUCGGUGUCUGACUUGUCAAUCUUGAAGCCUGCCAGUAUUACGACAGAAGAGUCGUCAUACCAUAAUAACUCUGCUUCAGGCUCACUCGUUAAUAAUUCAUCGCCACGUAAGACGGAGAAUGGUGGGCCCGUUAGGGUAAAGUUGAGGUUGCCUAAAGCUGAGGUGGAGAAACUGAUGACGCAGUGCAAAGAUGAGAAUGAAGUUGCUGAGAAAAUUAUGCAACUUUGCAUGAGCAACAAUGGUGGAAGUGGUCCAUUGAUGGAAGAACAAAGUCAUAAUAAUGGAGGAAUAAUUAAGAAAGGACUCAAAUCAAGAGAGAAACGUGUAGGGUUCUUGCCGAUAACAGAAGGGGAGAUUCAAUUAGCAAUGGCAGCUUCUUAAAAAGAAAUGGGAACAAAAUAGACUAUUUUAAAUAGUAAUUCGUUCUAUAGCUUCUCUAGUUUAUUUUGUAUGAUGAUGACAUGAGUCGAGCACUCGAACAUAAAUGGAAAAGUGAAAAUUUAUGUAGCCGAUCCUGAUUUAUGUGAGGCUGAGGCAUAGUUAUUAUUGUUGUAUAGCUUAAUUCUCUAGUCAUGUAGUGGUCUCCGAAUUUACUGGCAUCUCAGCUACUUAAUUAGUACUAAUCAUGUAUUAGUCAUUUUGUAUAAUAAAAUUAAGAAUCUGAAAAUGAGAUUAUUUGCCCUGUUGUGAUUUUA